CACCUAGAGCGAGAGAGAGGAGCCCCCAAACAUCUCGGUUAGGUUGAGGCAGUAUGGCUGCUCCACAGAAAGUCGGCAGCUUGUCGUUGAAGUCGUGGGAAAACAGAGACUCGGAGGUGGAGGGAAGAGACACGGUGACCAUGUUUGAUGUGUUUCACGGGACAAUGAGAGAGAAGAUCGUGCUACAGCGGCUGAUAGUAAUCGCCCGGCUCCCCCACGAUCUCACUGACAGGACAGAACUGGGAGCUCAUUAUGAAAAACUCAACUUUCAGUUAAGCAAACAAUAUAUCUGGGAUCACAUGACAGGCCUGCUGGUAAUCUAUCCAUCCUGCCUGCUGCACAUCAUUGAAUCAUCCAGGGAGAUUCUGCUGUCUGUUCUGAAAGACCUGCAACAACAGACAGACUGUUCCCUGCUGGAAGCUGCAAAGGUUGUGUUCAUGGCACAUGAACCUCGAAGCAGGAUGUUCCAUCAGUGGAGCUACAAGGUGCUGGGGGCAGACCAGGUGUCUGGCGACCACGAGGCUAAAGGACAUGAGGAAGAAGAAGAGAGCACAGAGACUCUGGUCUGCAGUGUCCUGUCAGCACUGCAGAGUCUGGGUGAGCACCCUGAAAUAUCUAAGAAGACUCUCCCUGGAUUAGUUCUGGAUGAGACUCCAGAACUGAUCAUGCCUCAGGAGGCUCUAGAUAAGCUGCUGGAUCGAGAUGAGCUGCAGAGUCCACAACAGUUCCUGCAGAUGUACGACUCCCCCUUAAACGUCAGCAUGGACUUUGGACAAGUUAUUCGAAGCCGCUGCCUCACUACAGUUUAACUUUUUGGACUAAAGGUGGAAGGUGAAAGGUGAGGACUCAUCCUGCAUAUUUCAUCUACACACUGGACAUCUAGCAGUUAACGGGUCAGUUCACCUAACUCACAAAUAACAUGUGCAGAUAAUUGGUUUGGUUUCAUUUGCUCUGGUUUUAAAAUAUCUGCUUUCACUCCAGUACAAUUAAAUGAAAGUGAAUUUGUUUGUAAAUUGACAUUUGUAGUGACAAAGUCCUAUUGCAAGUGUGAUGAGUCAGAUGUAUUGUAGUAAAUUGUGAAUUGCGAACUUCAUGGAUUCCCAAUGAAGCAACAUGUCUUGUCUUGGUGAUCCAAAAUGAAGUUUUGACUUAAUGUGUUGACUUUAGCUGCUACAUGGCUGCUCACUGCAACUUUGAUUGUUUAGAUGUGUCCUUGGAAUAAUGAUAUCCAGUCCUUACCAAUGCUUUGUAUCAUGAUGCUUUUAUUUUCUUGUGUCCCCAAUCUGUCCAUAAUGUCCAAUAACAGUUUUAUACAAAGUUUAACAUAAAACAGCCACAGAGUUGUCAGAGAACAGUCAAAAACUGUUUGCCUCUUUACAAUGAGCAACACCUGUGUUUACUGCCUUGGGGCUUAAAUUUUCUGUGGACAGCCUCAGCCUUACAUCACCCCCUAGUGCUCGGAGGAUUAUCACACAAAUCAAAUACAUGGCUCCUACAACAUUUUAAAAAAAAUCAUCAGCAGCAUCUUUUUCCAGAAUCAACAGUUUUCAUGGGGAUUCUUUUUUGGUAAAGCAAUUCCCAUGGAAGCUGCUGACAGUGAGGUUUGUGGAUAAUUCAGAGUAGCAGAGACAUUGUCAUUGGAAACAAACUAUGCUGUUGAGUUUUUAGUGAGACUAACGGCGUCCACCAGUUUGGUCCAGACUGAAAUACUGUAUCUGAGGGAUUCAUGGUCCCCAGAGGAUAAGUCCUACUGACUGUUCAUGCACAGUAACACCACCAGCAGAUUAUUCAGUGAAAUAUCUCAAUAACUAUUGGAUGAUUUUGCACAAAUAGUUAGUUAGUUAAGACCUUCACGGUUUCCAGACAAUGAAGCUUAAAAAUUUUGGUGAUCCUCUUCCUUUCUUCUUUUAGUGUGUCUUAACAUGUGUGGUUGUCAGGAAAUAAUUAAAUUGAUUGCUGGUUCUUAGCAUAAGGAACAAUAUGUGUGUGUUAAAGGCUCAUGUGAAGCUGUUUACAGUAGUUCCCACACAGUAUUGUUGCUUGUCAUCAUAAGAGAUCUGCAUGACAGGUGCAUUUCAGAGCUGUCAGAGUGAGCCACUUCCUUUUGAUUUACCUUGCAAUUCAAAGCUGUAAUUAGAUGUUUUAUGCCUUUGCAGAAUGUGUUUGGCCUCCACUGAAGCACUGUGAGUGUGACUGAAGGCUUCUUACCAGAGAAAAAUCACUGUGUUUUAUACCAUCAUUUAAUUUUCUGCAGCUUUUCCUUCUAUUUGUUUCACUUGUUUGGUCCAAAAACAGCUGUUUCUGCUCCAAAUCAUUUCAGGUAUAAAACUUCUGUGAGUGAGAGAAGAUUGAACACAAUUCUCAACAUUUAUAAUUCAUAACAAAAGCACAGACAGUCCAAGUAAUAUAAAAACAUUUUUAAUAGUUUCAACAUUCGGAUGAGGAUUAUCUUCUUUUUUUUUUUCUUUUAUCUUACACUGUGUUCCACUUGGUGACCGGGAGAUAGCAUGUCCAAGAAAAGGCAUUUCCUCUUCACUCCAAACUUUAAAGAGUCCACAGCAUCACUACAGUUUGACACAAAGAACUUUUAAGUCUGAAAAAAUUCCUUGAUCACGUAUGUGUUCCCUUUUUAUUUUGGCCCCCGUUACUUGGAACUUAAACUUAAGCAAAAAAAAAGAAAAAAAGAAAAGAUGAUUGGAGAUGUACUUGCAAUGGCUGCAUGCACCACAGUGUAAUCUACAAACUGUAUGGGUAAAAACAAACCUAUAUGCAGCACGUUUUUUUCUUCUCUUGCUUGUUAUAUGAUUUCAGUGUAAAUCCUCAGAGCACACAUGUCCUCUCUUCCAUCAUAUCAUGAAGAUUUUUGAUUCUC